AAAAAAUGUUCAAAGUUAUUGUUGUCUUAUUUUUAAUUACAACAUUAUAGGGUUCGAAUAUUAGAAGGCACCAUAAUAUUAUGAAAAACUAAGAAGGGUCAUAAUAAGUUCUAGCGGAAAAUAAACAUCAUAUUAAGAAGUAAAAUGAAUAAUAGAAGACAUUAAUAAGUGAAUAGGAAAGUCAUGAAAAAGAUUAAGUUGAUUUUUCAGCAACAGAAAGUUUACUUGAAAAAGAUAGCUAUAAUUAAUCAAAAAAAAAAAACCAAGAAAAACAAGAUAAAGUUGAUAGAUAAGGUGUUAAAUUAAUUGAAGAAACUCAAAACAAAGGAAGCAAAAAUAAAACAAGAAAAGAUAUUAAUGUUGCAAAAUAAAGUAUAUUAUCAUUAAUAAUAAAGAAAAUAAAAAUAACUAAAAUUUAUUAGAAGAAAAUGUAGUUGCUGAUGGUAGAGCUAGAUCAAAUGAAGAAUGGAUGUAAAAGAUUGCUAAUGAUGUUUCAACUAUAAAAAUGAACAUCAAAUCAUAAUUAGAAGCUGAUCAUAUUGCCUUUGUUGAAGAAAAUGUAGUUGCUGAUGGAAGAGCAAGAUCUAAUGAAGAAUGGAUGUAAAAGAUUGCUAAUGAUGUUUCAACUAUCAAAUAAAACAUCAAAUCAUAAUUAGAUGCUGAUCAUAUUGCCUUUGUUGAAGAAAAUGUAGUUGCUGAUGGUAGAGCAAGAUCAAAUGAAGAAUGGAUGUAAAAGAUUGCUAAUGAUGUUUCAACUAUCAAAUAAAACAUCAAAUCAUAAUUAGAUGCUGAUCAUAUUGCCUUUGUUGAAGAAAAUGUAGUUGCUGAUGGUAGAGCAAGAUCAAAUGAAGAAUGGAUGUAAAAGAUUGCUAAUGAUGUUUCAACUAUCAAAUAAAACAUCAAAUCAUAAUUAGAUGCUGAUCAUAUUGCCUUUGUUGAAGAAAAUGUAGUUGCUGAUGGUAGAGCAAGAUCAAAUGAAGAAUGGAUGUAAAAGAUUGCUAAUGAUGUUUCAACUAUCAAAUAAAACAUCAAAUCAUAAUUAGAUGCUGAUCAUAUUGCCUUUGUUGAAGAAAAUGUAGUUGCUGAUGGUAGAGCAAGAUCAAAUGAAGAAUGGAUGUAAAAGAUUGCUAAUGAUGUUUCAACUAUCAAAUAAAACAUCAAAUCAUAAUUAGAUGCUGAUCAUAUUGCCUUUGUUGAAGAAAAUGUAGUUGCUGAUGGUAGAGCAAGAUCAAAUGAAGAAUGGAUGUAAAAGAUUGCUAAUGAUGUUUCAACUAUCAAAUAAAACAUCAAAUCAUAAUUAGAUGCUGAUCAUAUUGCCUUUGUUGAAGAAAAUGUAGUUGCUGAUGGUAGAGCAAGAUCAAAUGAAGAAUGGAUGUAAAAGAUUGCUAAUGAUGUUUCAACUAUCAAAUAAAACAUCAAAUCAUAAUUAGAUGCUGAUCAUAUUGCCUUUGUUGAAGAAAAUGUAGUUGCUGAUGGUAGAGCAAGAUCAAAUGAAGAAUGGAUGUAAAAGAUUGCUAAUGAUGUUUCAACUAUCAAAUAAAACAUCAAAUCAUAAUUAGAUGCUGAUCAUAUUGCCUUUGUUGAAGAAAAUGUAGUUGCUGAUGGUAGAGCAAGAUCAAAUGAAGAAUGGAUGUAAAAGAUUGCUAAUGAUGUUUCAACUAUCAAAUAAAACAUCAAAUCAUAAUUAGAUGCUGAUCAUAUUGCCUUUGUUGAAGAAAAUGUAGUUGCUGAUGGUAGAGCAAGAUCAAAUGAAGAAUGGAUGUAAAAGAUUGCUAAUGAUGUUUCAACUAUCAAAUAAAACAUCAAAUCAUAAUUAGAUGCUGAUCAUAUUGCCUUUGUUGAAGAAAAUGUAGUUGCUGAUGGUAGAGCAAGAUCAAAUGAAGAAUGGAUGUAAAAGAUUGCUAAUGAUGUUUCAACUAUCAAAUAAAACAUCAAAUCAUAAUUAGAUGCUGAUCAUAUUGCCUUUGUUGAAGAAAAUGUAGUUGCUGAUGGUAGAGCAAGAUCAAAUGAAGAAUGGAUGUAAAAGAUUGCUAAUGAUGUUUCAACUAUCAAAUAAAACAUCAAAUCAUAAUUAGAUGCUGAUCAUAUUGCCUUUGUUGAAGAAAAUGUAGUUGCUGAUGGUAGAGCAAGAUCAAAUGAAGAAUGGAUGUAAAAGAUUGCUAAUGAUGUUUCAACUAUCAAAUAAAACAUCAAAUCAUAAUUAGAUGCUGAUCAUAUUGCCUUUGUUGAAGAAAAUGUAGUUGCUGAUGGUAGAGCAAGAUCAAAUGAAGAAUGGAUGUAAAAGAUUGCUAAUGAUGUUUCAACUAUCAAAUAAAACAUCAAAUCAUAAUUAGAUGCUGAUCAUAUUGCCUUUGUUGAAGAAAAUGUAGUUGCUGAUGGUAGAGCAAGAUCAAAUGAAGAAUGGAUGUAAAAGAUUGCUAAUGAUGUUUCAACUAUCAAAUAAAACAUCAAAUCAUAAUUAGAUGCUGAUCAUAUUGCCUUUGUUGAAGAAAAUGUAGUUGCUGAUGGUAGAGCAAGAUCAAAUGAAGAAUGGAUGUAAAAGAUUGCUAAUGAUGUUUCAACUAUCAAAUAAAACAUCAAAUCUUAAUUAGAUGCUGAUCAUAUUGCCUUUGUUGAAGAAAAUGUAGUUGCUGAUGGUAGAGCAAGAUCAAAUGAAGAAUGGAUGUAAAAGAUUGCUAAUGAUGUAUCAACUAUUAAGAUGAACAUAAAGAAUUAACUAAAUGGUACUCAAUUUGUAUAAUAAAACCAUAUUGAUAGCGCAUUAGUUGAUGAACAACAACCUUAAUCCUAAGAUUAUUGGUCAUAAAAGCUUAAAGAAGAUAUUAAUAAAAUUAAAUAAGAUGAUUCUAAUAAAUAAUAGGAAUGAUUUAUCCAAAU